AUGCGCACUCUUGUACAAUACACAAGAGACUUGGACGUCUCGCAGAACAGUUUCUCAACUCCAUCCGCAACUUUUGCAGAUUUAUUAAUUAAAGAUGAAUUUGUCCUCCAAAAGCGCUCCAAAGUGGCGAAUUCAAAGCCGAUAUUUGUGCCAUUGAUUACAGUCCAAUCACCACCACCAUCACCACCACUACCAAAGGUUUUUAUCACUUCUUUUCAAUCAUCAGAGAUGCCUGUACUACCGUCACCUACACAAAGAAAUCCGUCUCCUAUGAUCAAUAUUCCUGACAGAGCCUCCAGAUCUCGUCCCGUCUUUUCUCACGAUGAUUCCGAGCGACAUAAAAGUACGCCCAUGAGCCAUGACAAAUGUGUCAAGGAAAAGAAGGCAAUAGAGCUUCGUCUUAGCGAGCUUUCGAAGAAAUUUGAAAGAACCAAUGCGGAGUUGGCGAAAUUCCGUCGACAAGUUGCCGGUGAGGAGUUUUGCAACAUCAAGGAUCACGAAGACUUUAAGAAUCUCUUGGAAGAGAAUAAACGCGAAAUUAAUGUUUUAAAUGAGAAACUGUCAUUCCUUCGUGAUGCAAAGGGAGGAUUAAGCGAUAAGAGAAACGCUAAAAAUUUUAUUAGAAAUUUGUACACCAAAUAUAUCAGCCUCGGACCAGUCGACGCACCUAAUCCACUUGAAGAGCUCAAAGCCGAAAACGAGAAGAUACGAGCAAGAGCGAUUGAAGCCGAGAGAAAAUUAGAGAGGGCAAAUGCCGAUAAGAACAAUCUCAACCGUGAACUCAAGAGAGCCAAUGAAAGAUUUGCUCUUGUGUCGGCGGCAAUGAAGUUGAAAAGAAACUAA